GAGAGAACAGACGUGUGUGAGCGGCUCCGAGUGUUUUUGAAGAAGUAACCUGCAGUUUUGUGGUGAGAACCUUUAACCAUUGAAAAGAUGGGUGUGAGUGACUGUGGCGUGUGUGGCAAGGGAGUGGGCAGGGGCAGCGCCGGUGUGUGCUGCGAGAGGUGUGAGGUGUGGUGCCACCAGCCGUGCGUGGACAUCAAGACCAACUCGCGGCUCCUGCAGCACACCCUGCUCAUCUUCCUAUGCCUGGCGUGCAAGAACGUGACGAAGGACGAGUGGCGAAGAGACAGGCAGAAGACGGACAAGAACGUGCAGACGGAGACCAGCAACGAGGAGAAGGCAGUCCAGACGACCCCCAAGGACACCCUGGAGGACAGAGGUGUCCAGACGACCACCGUGGAGGCCCCCAAGGACACCCUGGAGGACAGAGGAGUCCAGACGACUACCGUGGAGCCCCCCAAGGACACCCUGGAGGACAGGGGAGUCCAGACGACCACCGUGGCUGCCCCCAAGGACACCCUGGAGGACAGGGGAGUCCAGACGACCACCGUGGCUCUCCCCAAGGACACCCUGGAGGACAGGGGAGUCCAGACAACAGCUGUGGCUGCCCCCAAGGACACCCUGGAGGACAGGGGAGUCCAGACAACAGCUGUGGCUGCCCCCAAGGACACCCUGGAGGACAGGGGAGUCCAGACAACAGCCGUGGCUGCCCCCAAGGACACCCUGGAGGACAGGGGAGUCCAGACAACAGCCGUGGCUGCCCCCAAGGACACCCUGGAGGACAGGGGAGUCCAGACAACAGCCGUGGCUGCCCCCAAGGACACCCUGGAGGACAGGGGAGUCCAGACAACAGCCGUGGCUGCCCCCAAGGAGGACCAUGUGGAGAGAGAGGUUCAGACUGCUGAGACCCUCAAGGAAAGACCAGACCAAGCGACAGAAACAGCAAGGCCUAGACGGACAACAGAAAUGAAGGUGAAGAGGGCCCCCAUCCGUAUCAUUGGAGACAGUAUGAUGAAGAAUGCGCACUGGCACGUUAAGUGCAACAUGGACGGCAGUGGCUGCACCAGCAUGAGUGGUGCCCAGAUCAGGAACAUCAAGAAAAGAGUGCAGCAUGAUGCGGGCGACUUGAAAGACGGACUGCUGAUCGUCCAGGGUGGUGGGAACGCCCUGGAGUACGUCGGACAGGAAGACACAGUGAAGGAUGUAGUAGACUCUGUGAAGGCAGUGGAAGGAAAAGGAAUGAAGGUUGCAGUUGUGGGAAUUAUGAGACGCCCAAGGGAAGGACCACAGUACGAGAGACUGCGCCGAUCUACAAACAAGAGGAUCCAAGAAGAAAUGAUGAAGAUGAAGAUUGAAUGGACGCGAGGGAAGAAGGGCGACGUCAGCUUCAUCGACAUGGACGGAGUCCUGAGGGGAGAUGCAGCAUUCGACGUGGAUGGCGUGCACCUGAGCGGCAACGGGAACAGGAGGAUGGGGGAGCGCCUGCGUGAAUGGGUGCGGAUGAAGUCACUGUAUGCAGUGGGGACAGUUUGAACGGGUAUAAAUGACCUAGCACGGAGGAG